UGCCUUGCGUUCCACGAUAUUUCACCCCAAGCUCCAACACAUUUCCUAGUGAUUCCUAAGAAGCCAAUCGUCAGGUUAUCUGAAGCAGAAGAUUCUGAUGAAUCUCUUCUUGGGGAUUUAAUGAUUGUUGGCAAGAAGUGUGCUGCUAACCUGGGCCUGACCAAUGGAUUCCGGAUGGUUGUGAAUGAAGGGCCUGAGGGUGGGCAGUCUGUCUAUCACGUACAUCUCCAUGUUCUGGGUGGUCGUCAGUUGGGCUGGCCUCCUGGCUAAGAUUUUUACACCACAAGAGCUAACUGCAUGCACACAAAUUACCACCAAAUAGAUUUAAUAUGUUGUCCAUCAAUUUAGCCACUGUUAAUGUAUUAUUUUUUUUUAAUGUGUGUCUACAAAGGGUAAUAAAUGCUCUGAACAACAUUCGCACAAUAAAGAUUUAGCAUGUGGGAAUCA